AUGGACGAAUCUGGGUUAGGCGAUCUAGAGAACGGUUUUAAAAGACUACUCGUUGGAUUUGGUGAAGAAAGUACAGAAAAUGGUUCUAUCUUCAAUGAUGCGUUAGUGCUACCUGCGGAUAAGAAAUUCGCCAGGAGGGUAAUUGCUGCCGGAGUUUCCAUAUCGAAUAACCUCGGCUCUCUCAACAUGCUAAACGUUGCCACAUCGUCUAGCAUGAAGGACAAUCUCACAGAGUUCAUGAUUGACCUAAGUAGAAAAGAUUGUUGUUUUUCUCCUGGUGAUACUCUUCAUGGACGAAUUCAUCUGAAACUCUCCGAAGGUUCCAUCGAUAUCACAUCGCUUAAAAUUACUCUCACAGGUUUGGGGAGAGUGAACAUCAAAGGGAAGCGUGAAGAAUCAUUGCAAAAAAGUCUUAUCUACAUGAAAAAGGAAUGGACAAUUAUCAAUUCACCGACAUCAUUAUUCGAACACGAGCGAUCAUAUGAUUUUGAGGAUACGCUUCCUGAAAGCAUUCCCAGUUCGUUUUAUUCUUCAAAAGGUCAUGUUCAGUAUUCUAUCAUCGCUGUACUUGAAUACAAGAAUAAUGAUGGUGAACCUUCAAUGGUGAAAGCAGUUCGAGGAAUAACAGUAAUAGAAGAAUUGGAUCUAAACAAACUCUCCAAAACCUAUUUUGAACCAAUUUCUGAGUUCGAACAUCGGAAAUUCGGUUGGUUUUCAUGUUUUGGAGGACAAAUACGUCUCACGUUGAAUAUCGAUCGUACAGCAUUUGUAUGUGGUGAGGGGAUGAGUGUUGUGGGACGAAUAGAAAACAAAAGCGAUCGGCAUGUGGAGCGAGUUAGUGCAAGUUUUCAAAGAAUUAUACAAUUUGGUAACUAUAUCGAACAAAACACAGAGAACACACUUGUUGAUAUCCAAGAAAUGCAAGAGGAUAUCCUUGCGAUGUACGUUGAAGAAGGUGCUAGCAUUAAAAUCGACAAGAAAAUUCAUAUUCCACCUGUGGUUCCAAGCACUCCAUCCAUAGGAUCACAUUUUCGUGAAAGUCAACGUGAAGAGCAUGGUGGCCGUUUUCAUAUUCGACGAAAAUCUCAUCUUCUUACCGGUCGACUAUCGAUUAGUAGUCAACGUUCACGUACCUCAUUAACAUCACUUCCACAAAUCCAAAGACUUAUGUAUAUAUCAUACAAAUACUCAGUAAGAGUGAAGAGUGGAGGUGUUGAUAUUAUCACUAUUGAUGUACCAAUAAUAAUUGGAUCAAAACCGUUAGUUGACACGAUGAGUCAGGAUUUCAGUUUGCGUAGGGAUACGAAUUGUACUGCUGUAUAUAAAUUAUGUAAACAUGAUCGUGCAAUUCCAUUAUUGGAUAGUAAGGAGAGAACGUUAUGCAACAAGGCUCAACUUCAGCAUCUCAAUAAAUAUCCGUUUUUCUCGGAUUUAAGUACCUCAUCGAAACAAAGUAAAAAGUUGGGUAUUAUUGCGAAUACGAUACGUGCUGAGAAUAAGGUGAUGAAUACAAUUCUACAUUCGGUAAUGGAUGAACGACAUACAAAGUCCGCAGCGAGCUGCAGCGCUGUAACCGUCAGCGGUGAUUCGCCCGAUUUUAUUGACACUGGCAGUGAACCGACGCAUCGUGAAGAGGUUGCUUUCACUAAACUUGAUCCACUAUUUCAACGAGCUUUUCAACGAACUCCCGAGAACUCAAUUGACUCACCACAUCCGAAAAUCCUCAAAGUGGAAGAUCUUUUGUAG